UACAAUUUUAAGGUUAUAAUUUCGCAAUCACACGAAAUGUUAUGCAGGAAAUUCAGACAAAUAUUUUACAAUAAGUCUAAUUGGAACGAUAAUUUGCAACACUUCUUAAUCUCCACACGUUUCUCUAAGAAAUGCGUGUCCGUAGACGGCAUUUGGGCUUUGUACAGGGGUGAUAUCAAGAGUAUGUCGUCUUUGAGGGUUGGGUGGAAAGAUUUGAGUAUUAUGAGGUUGCUUAGUGCUUGGAGACGGAGUUAUUUCGUCAGCACAGUCGUGAGGAGAUGCCGGAGAGACCGAGGAGUGAGGGAAGUCAUCCAGAGGUUCAGGCAUACGUUAUUACGACCGAGACAAACAUUGCUUCUGUCAGCUACAGCCGCAUACAAGAGUAAUAGCGGUGAGGGAGAUAGCCCUCCUAGCUGUGAAAAGAACAUAACAGAUGAAGAGCUCCAGGAGCUCCUGAAAGAACUGGAGAGUGUAAAUGACUUGUCAAAGAAGACACUCUUCUGCACGAGUUGCGGGAGACGGCUGGUCAUCGACAAGAAGCAGUCUGGAGUCACCUACUGCAGUUGCAAGGAACCCAAGUCGGCGGAAGAUGAGGACGGGUGGAUACCUUUCAUGGAGGCUGAUGACGUGAUAGUUUGGAGGAAACUCUAUAAGGCCGGCCAGCCAUACUAUGCUUACAAAGUAUACGGCAGGUACAAAGAGCUUCGCGCCCAGGACUUCGCCGCCGUGCAAGUGGACGGCGCCUACCGCCGCGUGUGGGACUCCGCAGUCGCCUCGCUCAGCGUGGUGGAGAGGCAGGCUAACGGCGUGGAAGACCAGACCGUAUUGCAUUGGGAAGUGCUGUGGCCUCGCCUGUUCGCGAACCGCGAUUACGUGUACAUACGCCGUCACAAAGAGUUCGACACGGAACGAGAACAGCAGCCGCCGGCCGCCGCCCGCCCCGAGCGACCCACUGUACAUUCAAACGCGAAGCGGAAAGCUUUGGAGGACGACGGCCGGGCGAUGAUGGAGAGCGGCCCGGGUAAUGAUAAAGUGUACAUAAUAGCGUCGAGGUCGUGCGAGCACACCAAGGUGCCGCAUUCGAAGCACGCCAUAAGAGUGGCCGAUUUCUGGAGUCACAUGGUCAUCAAAACCUUGGACGGGGUGGACAAGCCGGGAAUGGAAUUCGUGCUGACGUACUACGAGGAGCCGGCCGUGGGGGGGCUGCCGAGCGGCGUGGCGACCUGGGCCACGGGCAGGGCCGCGCCCGCCUUCCUCGGCAGGCAGCGCCGCGCGGCAGCCGAGUAUAGGGCCUGGAGGGCGCACAGGACUCACCAGGACCUCCCCGACUACAUAGCGUUCGGACCGGAAACGGAAGCGAGCCUAGACAGAGACGCGAAGGCCGCCAUUAGGGAGCAAGAUAUGGAGUCAUCAAAACAAGGCCCUGACUUGGAGUCGGACAUGAAGACGCACGAGAAAGGCACGCAGACGGACACGGUCAUCGCUAUUGUAGAGGCGCAGGAACAAAUUACCACCGAAACGGUAUCCAAAGACGGGGAAUUAGUCACAGUAAAAUCAGAAUCUGACAAAAACAAGCAUAAGCCAGUAGUUUUAGAAAAGUGCAACGAACAAAUCAAUGAUAAAGCUAAAACGGACAGCGAUAGUACCAAAAAUCGAAAUACACAGAAUAGCGAACAAAAAGCAACUAAUGGCCGGCAGGAAAUUAAAAAUGGCGAGCACGAAACGGGGAAUGGCCGACAAGAAACAAAAAAUGGCGAACGGGAAACCGUUAGUGGCGGACUCGAAUCGUGUAAAAGCGUUAGUGGAACUGAAAUAGUGACACAAAAAAGCGGUAAAAAUAAAAAUGGCGAGAAGGAAAAGGCUGAUGGCAGGCAGGAAAUACAAGAUGGCGACAGUAAGAAGGAGGAGAGGGCGCCUGAGGAGGAAAGCAGUGGAAAUAGCAGUUGGUGGCGAUUGUUUGAAAUGUUUUCGACGUAAUAGAUUAUUAUUUGACAAUAACAAGACACAAGAUUACUACAAGAUAAUAUGUAAUGAAUUGCCAAAAACGGAUGGAUGGAUUAAAAAGAAUUCUACUUUUGUUUCACCCGAACCGUAUCUUGCAAACUGAAUAUUGUAUAGACAUAUUGUACCUAUUGUCAUCGGCCAUAGACCUUGGAACAAAGUUUUUUUUUCUUAAUAAAUUAAAUUGUUUUCUCAUAAAUUGAAAUUGAUCCAAGAUAAGUUCAGAUUCUAAAACGCAUUUUAACGUAAAUAUAAAAUAUUGUAUCAAGACAGCACAGAAUUAUCAGUAAAAAAAUACUAAAAAACAGAGUAAUUUGCGAAAUAAUUUGUUUAAAAAAAAAUUACGGCUAAAUUAAAAAAAAAACGUUUUUGCUAAUAGUGUUAUUAGAAGCUCAGCAGUUCAGCAGUUGCAGUUCAGAUUUAAAUGCAAAGAAAAAUAUACUUUAAACGUAUUGAAAUAAAACAUAAACUGUUUUAAAAACAGUAUAAGUAUAGAUACAAUUUAAAUUUUCGCGUCUGUAAAAUAAAAAUAAAAACUGUAAACUAAUUGAAUAAACUUAAUUUAAAUACAUUAAAAAUUUACUACAUUACUAUGUAUAUUCAAACUAAAAAAGAAAAACGGGUUAUUUUUUAAAUUUUAUUUAUUUAUUGAGAAAUUAUUUUGCAAUAACACAUAAUACCAGUGAGAAAAAUACAAAAAAAAUAUAACGUCAUCAAUUUUAGUCUUAAAAUAAUAUACUAUACCAAAGUUAAUCUAUUUGUCAGACAAAAUAUGCGGGCAGCUGAACAUGGCCUAGUCUUUUCGAAACUACUGGCUCCGUCUACCCCGUAAAGGAUAAAUACGGCAUUAUGUGUAUGUAGAUAGUAUAAAAAUUAAUAUUUGAAGCGAACAGCUUUUAAUAUGACCCGUGGGCAGUUAAGAAAGAAAGAAAAAUCUUUAAUUGGCGCAAGAUGUAACAUUACAUUAAGUGUGUUCUUUUUUUCAUUCAUUACAUUAACGCGCACAUGUCUUUCUUAUUAUUUUAUUUUUUUAUUUUAUCAGCUAUGUAUAUCCAGUGCAAAAAAAAGGCUUGCAAAAUCCAUUGUCUGCGGCUUUGUUCGCCAUAAAAGUUAACUGAAAAAUGUUGACCUAGAUUUCCCCCUUUAAAUUGGGGCGAAAUUUUUGUUUUUCGUGUAUUUUACAAAGCAAGGUAAAAUAUUAUACUAUAGUUUUCUUGUAAUUAACUUCCAUUAUUUUCUUGUAAUUAACUUCCGUUAUGAAAACAGGCUUUUAUUAAAUAAAAUAAAAAAUAAGUUUAUUCUCGCCAUUAUAUGUAACCAUAGUUAUAAAUCGUCAAUUUAAAAAUAUAUUACCUACAUCCUUUUUAAAAGAGCAUCAAAUAUACAACAAAAAUAUACCUCAUUUAAAAUUAUUAGAUUAAAUUGUAGAUAUAAUGUUAGCAUAUGGUAAACUAGUCUAAAUUGAAUGAUCGUAUGAAUUAUUAAAAUAUUGUUCUCAAUUUUUUUUUAUUACUUACGUCAUGUGCUGUCAUCUCACACUUCCAAUGGUAAAUGAACGCACAAUUUUAUACUCGAAAUAUUCCUACGCAAAGUCAAUAUAUUAAAUUAUUUCGUGUCCAACUAUUGAUUAGUUAUUAGCUUAUUUUUCUAUCAAAAAUAUAUUAAUUUAAAAUAAAACCAACUCGGAACUAUAGUUUUCACUGUACAGUGUAUUAAACAUCUUAAUCUUAUUUGUCAUGUUAUUAAUAAAAUCGGGCCCAGUAAGUAGUAUCUAGUUUAUAUACGAGAAUGUUAGGUUUGCACAAACCUUUGUUGGCUAAAAAGAUUCACCAAGUAUCAAACGAAGUACGUAUUUGACAUAAAAAAAUAUGAAACACAUCUUGAUUACUUAUAUUCUUAAAAUAUUUGUGCAGACCGUUAUUAUAAAUAUUCUUUGAAAUGUUUGAUUUUAUUUCUUAUAGCAGAGCUUUUAAGUUCAGAUUUGAUAGAAACAUUAUGUCAUAUAACGAGUGACUUUUUGAACAGUGUCCAAAUUUUCUAUGGCUAAGGUUACGUAAAUUGAUUUGAAUUUUUUUUUUAAACUUUAUUGCACUAAACGAAGCCUUUCCUUACCUUCCAGUCAAUUGACCAAGCAGUGAUAGAACAGUGGUGGCAAUACUCGUCCCACACAAAUACUACUAAUAUUAUAAAUGCGAAAGUUUGUGAGUAUGUCAGGAUGUCAGUAUGGAUGUUUGUUACUCUUUCACGUAAAAACUACUGAACUGAUUACAAUGAAAUUUGGUAUGUGGGUAGCUGAAGAUCCAGAAUAACACAUUGGCUACUUUUUAUCCCAGAGUUCCCGCGGGAUUGAAAGGGUUUCCGUUUCCAUGCGGAUGAAGUCGCGGGCGGCCUCUAACAUGCGUGUUUCAUAAAAUUAAUUAUAUUAUAUUAUAUCGAAAGCCGAAAUAUCAAGUUUUUAAUUUAACUCUAGUGAUUGCCCUCUGCUCUGUUUGCAUAUUGCUGUCAUUUUGUAAGUCCCAAUGAAACCUUUCCGAUAUGAAAGCCAGUCUAUAUGUAUACUUCUUAGAUUGGUCCAGAUGGACAUAAAAUUGAGAUUCUUCUUUGAGGCGAUGGACUAGCAACCCGUUACUAUUUCUGAGUCCUAAUUCCAUCGUUAAGUCAAACGUGACCAACUUUAUGACUCGUAUUCAUAAAGACCGUGUGUGUGUGAGUUUGAAAGUAAAACAAAUAUGUACUAGUUAUGAUGAGAAUUGCUGAAAUUUGGAUACUGUCUGUAAAGUCACCCUCCAAGGGAUUUAUCAAGAUGGCUUCUCGGCGCGAGAUUUCACACUUCGCGCCAUUUCGGCAGGCGCCUCUGAAACGCUCAAAGUCGCUAACUUCAAAGACGUGGCGUGACUCGUGACAUCAUCACUCCAAGGUUGGUGGCAAUUUGUAGCCUCAUAUCUCCGGGUGGUUUGCGAGCCGCGUCACUCCCUUUGGUCUCAUGUUCAUAAUGUUAUUUUGUUCCUAUAAAUACAUAUUUGGAUUUUGCAUAGGACUUUGCAGUUAUUUAGAUCUCUAUUAUUUUUGCGGCGAAAUCCAAGGAUUAUUUUUGUAUUGAUCUUGGCUCUUGUAUUGUUACAAUUAUGGCUUUUGUGUCAAACGACCCCUCGCACUAGUGGACUCGGCGCGGCGCGACUCGUGAAAUCUUGCCCCGUGUGAAACCAGCUUUAGACGCGACUUGACUAAACAUUUUUUUUAUAUCUUUAUUUACCGGUUCGUGGCGUCUUAACUUUUUAAAUGUGCCACGACCGAUCUAUAUAAAAAAAAAUGAUUUAUAUAUCUAUGUUUAUAACACUUUUGUGCAAUGCAAGAAAUAAUGCAUUUUAUGUAAUUAUGUAUAGGUUAUUGAAAUUGUAAAACUUGUAUAUUUAAUA